AACAAUCAUUGCAACAGUUGUUUAUUUGUAUCGUUUUACUUUAUUUUACUGCGGACGUACGCCAGAAGCUUUUAUUUUGAAACUCAUUUUGACGUUGUCGUCAGAGCCGUUUUCACAUGAUUGUCCGGACUAAAAUCCAAAACAAAGUGAUUAAUAAUUUAGUUGUUUUGCGUGGUAAAUACACUAAUAAAUAAUCCAACAAUAUUAGGGUUUUUAAAAAGCUAUCCACGAGAUAUGCAGAGCACCUCUAGACUUUAAGCACAGCAGUUAAAUGCCUACAUCAUGGACAAUAAAAUCUCCAAACAAGAGCACUUCGAUGAAAGAAUCUCAAACACACCUGGACCAAGUGGAGGUGCUGAAGCGGAGUUCAAGAAGCUGAGCACAGAUGCAGAGGGAGUGGAUCAAAUGAAUGAAUCGGCUCAUAAUGCAGAGGAUGCGGAUCAAAUAAAUGAAUCAGCUCAUAAUGCAGAGGAUGCGGAUCAAAUAAAUGAAUCAGCUCAUAAUGCAGAGGAUGCGGAUCAAAUAAAUGAAUCAGCUCGUAAUGCAGAGGAUGCGGAUCAUAUUAAUGAACCAGCUAAUCCGGCUGAGGAGUUAGACAAGUCUGAUCACGCCUCUGAAAACACAGAAGGACCUUCCAAGCUCCUCUCCUGCUCACAUUGCCCGUUCACUCACUCUCAAGAGGAAAACCUCAGGGAGCACAUAAAGAAAGCCCAUUCCACUGAGGUUACGGAAACCGAGACCGCCGCUGAUCCCAGUUUGUCCUGUAAAUGUGAUGUCUGUGGCAGAAGCUACCGAUUCUCUUUCUUAUUGAAAGCUCACCAGCGAAUUCACUCCAAAAAGCAUUCCGUGUCUGAACGAAGCUCCCGUUUCUCCCGUUCCCAAGCCCUACAUCAACAUGGACCUGCUCCUGAAACAUCAUCGCAAGAUGAUGCUGAGGAAAACACUCGACAAAAGAGCUACAGCUGUCUCUACUGCAGAGAAACCUUCAGCUCGCUUAGUGCCAGGAGAAACCAUCACAAAACCCAUCCCGAAGAAACUGUGAAUCAGUGCACCGCCUGCGGGAAGAAGCUCAGCAGUCAAGCGGCUCUUAAAAGACACAAGCAAAUCCACGAAGAGAAGCAAUCCUAUAAUUGUUCUAAAUGCAAGUCCACCUUCAUCUGCUCGACCUCCUACAAGCACCACAUGUUGACGCAUGAGUCCGAGAGACCCUUCGUUUGUACCUGUGGAAAGGGUUUUAAAUAUCGCGGUGCUCUUUUAGCUCAUAAACGCACUCACACUGAAGAUAGACCAUAUCGUUGUUUAGACUGCGGUAAGGGUUUUUUGUAUCCCGGAGCUUUGACGACACACCAAAAGAAGCACUCUAAAGGUAAUCCAGAGCAUUGCACACAGUGUGACUCAAGUACGGAAAAGUGUGUGUGUUCCCAAUCGCAAGCAGAGAAGUCUUUUAAGUGCCCCACAUGCGAUAAGCUGUUCGCAUUCAAGUCCAGUUUGAUUCGGCACAAACUCACACACACCGGAGAAAGACCGUUCCUUUGCUCGGACUGCGGGAAGGGCUUUUUAACUUUUGGCGAGCUGCUGAAGCACCAGCGCUACCACACAGGACACAAACCGUUCCAGUGCACCGACUGUGAAAAGAGUUUUACGCAGGCCUGCUACCUGCAGGUCCACAUGAGGCAGCACACCGGCGUACGGCCCUAUUCCUGUUCCCAAUGCGACAAGAGUUUCUACAGUUCGUCCCAUCUCAAGAGGCACCUGCGGAUUCAUUCGGGGGAAAAGCCCUUCGAGUGCUUGGAUUGCGGGAAGAGAUUCCCGCAGCCGUAUCAUCUGAAAGUGCACUUCCAGACUCACAUGCAAAAGAAACCCGAAAGCAAAAAAUCCAAUGAAUAGUUCACCAAAAAUACAAAAAUAAUUGUUGUUUGUUUACUCAGCCUCAGGCCAUGUAAGAUGUACUUGUCUUUUUUGGUGUGUUUGGAAGAAAACUAAAGAAGAUUUUUCGUGAUUCGCUUUAAUUUUAACCAUUUUUAAUCAAUUUAGCAAACCUCUGUCUGGAGGAAGCACUUUUAGCUUAGCUUAGCAUAAAUCAUUGAAUCGGAUUAGACCAUUAGCAUCUCACAAAAAAAUUCGAAGAGUUUCGACCUAGAAAAUAACUUUUUCUUAGUGCACGAUGUAACUACAGAAGGGUCGAGCUUUAAAUAGGAAGAUUCUUUUUUAUUUGUUUGAAUUAGAUGCUAAUGGUCUAAUCUGAUUCAAUGAUUUAUGCUAAGCUAAGCUAAACUAAAAGUGCCAGACCUGGAGGUUGGGUGAAUGGAUUAAAAAAUGGUAAAACUUGAUUGUUUAACUCUAGGGGAGUUGUAAAAUGAGCUUAUUUCCAAAAAAAUUUGAGUGUUCCUUUAAGACACAGGUGUCAAAUCCAGUUUCUGGAGGGCCACACCUCUGCACAGUUUAGUUCCAACCCAAAUCCAACAUACCUGUCGGUUUCAAACAAACCUAAAGGACUCAAUUAGUUUGAUUUGUUAGGUGUGUUUUAUCAGGGUUGAAACUAAACUUUGCAGAGCUGCGGCCCUCCAGGAGCUGGAUUUGACACCUGCGCUUUAAGACCUCUCUGUAUUACCAGGAUACUUGGGUAUUAACUUUGUUUUGCUGUAUAUGUUUUUUUCCACUCUUAAAUUGAUAUUUACUUGCAUUUUAUGAAUCGUCAAAGAACAUGGUUCCUUAUUUAAUGUUCUGCUAAAGAAAUGGCACCCUUCUUGUAUGGCCUGUGUGUGAGUAAACUACCAACAAAUAAUAAUGGUGAUUUGUAUAGAU